AUGCUGCCGAUGGACGCGGAGCAGGGUGGUGGCGGCGCCGAGGAUCGGGCGGGGGUGGGAGGAGAAGGGGAGGAGGAGAUGGCGGAGACAGGGUCCAAGCGGCCGCACGGGGACGGCGAGGGCAACGGGUCAGGUAUUACUCAAACUGAAGUGCAUGGACCUGAAACAUCAGAAGUGGUGAAUGGGGAGGUUCCUGUCGAUGAAAGCAUGCUGUGCAGCUCUGAAGUAGAUGGUCCAAAAGAAUGUUCAGAACUUCCUCAAGAAGAUGAUGAGCCCUCACCAGAACAGCAGAGUGCCGAGGCGCUUACCCAAGAAGUGACGCGAAAAAUUGAAAUUCCUCAAAGCAAGGUUGAUGUAGGUGAUUCAUCUACACUCGCUGCUAGAAGUUUUGGGACUCCACAAUCUGGUGCUGAGCAAGUGGACAUCCAUGUCCCAAAUGACAAGGCUGAGUUGGUCAUUGGGGAGGGAGGUGAGACCAUUAAGGCUCUAAAAACUAAGUCCGGGGCUGACAUUCAGUUAAUCCCGGAACAUCUCCCUGAAGGCGAUCUUUUCACAGAAAGAAAAAUACGACUUACUGGGAAUUGGAAUCAAAUAGAGAUUGCAAGAACAAUGGUCCUAGAACUCAUCAGUCAGUUUCCAAUAUCCUGUUCACAGAUGGGUGGGCAUGAGCCUGGUAGAACGCCUCAAUGGGGUUCUAACAAUGGUCAUAACUACCCGGGAGGUAUGCAUUGUCAGAACCCACAGUACCAUCUUGAUGGUGUAUAUUCUGAGCAGACUGCAUCAAGAGGUGGCAUGGAUACUGGCUGGAACCAAAUGUCAGGCGGCGGUACAGGUCAGGCACCUUAUCAGGGUGGUUGUUACGAAUAUCAUGCCUCUUACAACACAUACUCAGCUAGAGGUCCUCCCAGUGUCGUUCAAGCUCCAAUGUACGACUCGGCUAGAGGUCCUACUGGUGCUCAAGCUCCAAUAAACUACCGCAACUGGAGCCCGCAAGUACCCGUUGGUUAUACUAGCAGUUACCAACACUCUGCCCCGGGCCAACUUACAUAUGUGCAAUGGUAUAAUGGGCAGUGCCACGGGCAGCAGUCAAUGAAUUUUCAGCAAGCAUACCAGUCUUACCCUCCACAGCAACAUCCCUAUGGAAAGUCUGCUUUUGGUGGAGCUCAGCAAGGCUAUGGUAUUCCUAUGCCAGGCACAAACCACCAAGGAUCAGCUCCAGCCCAGCAGCCAUAUGCAUUACAGAGCUCAACCGUGCCACCUCAACCAGGACUUUGUUAUGGUCAGCCCUAUGGUGCAACUGCUGGUGCUACUCAUGGGUACGUGCAGUCUUCAAGUGGUCAUCAGCAGCCAGCGAGCCAGGUCACUUCGGUCUACACCCAGCAAGUGACGCAGUAUCCAUCGACUCAGCCAGGUUACAUUGAUCAGGCGUUUGCUAACAAUGCGAACUAUCAUCAACAGCCAGCCAUUCAUGUUGCAUCGGCUUACCCGCAGCAAGGAAUGCAGCCCGGUGUCUAUUGCCAGUAUCCAUCUACUCAGCCUGCGUAUACUGAUCAUGUGGUUGCUAACAAUGCAAACUAUCAACAGCCAGCGAGUCAUGUCGCUUUGGCCUACCCACAGCAAGGAAUGCUGCCUGCCGUCUAUGGGCAAUAUCCAUCGACUCAGCCAGCGUAUACCAAUCAGGCUGUUGCUAACAAUGCAAACUAUCAGCGGCCAGCGAGCCAUGGCGGUCCAGGCUACCCGCAGCAAGGAACGCAGCCUGCUGUAUAUGGGAAGUAUCCAUCGACCCGGCCAGCGUACACAGGUCAGACGGUUGCUAACAAUGCAAACUAUCAGCAACUUGCAAGCCAUGCCGCUGCGGCCUACCCACAGCAAGGGUUGCAUCCCGGAGUUUAUGGGCAGCGUCCAUUGUACACUGGUCAGGCGGUCGCUAACAAUCUGAUGAAUGCAGCCCGGUCCGUCGACCCAGCGGGUGUACACUAA